CAUGUCUUUUAAGAGAGUUGAAUACAUUUUUGAAAGUUGAGACAAGAGUUAAUAGGCAGAACAGAACAAAACAUUAGAGAGAGAGAGAGAGAGGUAUGGCGACUGAAAAUGGAGGAGGACAAAACGGAACCACCGAAACUGCAAUAACAACGAUGGAGAUCGAAAACGGAGAUAUAACAACACAACCACAAUUACAAGAACAACCUCAGUGUUUGUUCACGAAGAAGGAUAAUGGAAGCAUAGAGAGUCAUCGUUACUACUUAUCUCGCAGAACAGUUCUUGAGAUGCUCAAAGACAGAGGGUACUCUAUCCCCUCUGAUGAAAUCCAGCUUUCUCUUGAUGAUUUCCGCCAAAUUCAUGGCCAAUCUCCUGAUGUUGAUCGUCUCCGUUUAACUGCUACUCAUGCCACUAACCCCUCCAAAAGGAUUUUGGUGGUUUUUAGUGGGCCAGGGAUAGUGAAAGUGAAUGGAGUAAGAGACAUAGCAGGACAGAUUGUGAAUAGAGAGAGUUUGACUGGUCUUAUUUUGAUUGUGCAAAAUCAAAUUACUAGUCAAGCUUUGAAAGCUGUUAAUCUUCUCUCUUUUAAGGUUGAAAUUUUUCAGAUCACAGACUUGCUUGUUAAUGCUACAAAGCAUGUAUUGAAGCCAAAACAUCAGGUGUUGACUGAUAAGCAGAAAAAGAAUCUCCUGAAGAAGUACGAUAUACAAGAAAAGCAGCUUCCCCGAAUGCUACAGACAGAUGCGAUUGCUCGAUAUUAUGGACUUCAGAGGGGGCAGGUAGUUAAAGUUACCUACACCGGUGAAAUCACCCAGAUGCAUGUUACCUAUCGAUGCGUUUGGUGAUAUUUCAUUGGUCUCAGUUUCUCCUUCAUUUUGGUGGUUGAAUUCGCAGAAUUCCGAUGUUGUAUCAUGUAGUAAUUUAUGGCUGUAGAAUUGUAACUUAUAAGUAUAAGUCCUAGGUGUACCUUUCCUAAUGUUUUGAACUUGCUAAGUUUGGUCUUUUGGAUUUCUCUCUUGAACUCUUGAAGAACUAAUCUAAUCUGAAUUUUAAAAAAUCUGUGUACAAA